AUGGAGUUCUUGCCGCCGUUCCAGCGCGUGGUACAGCCUGAAGAGAUGUGGCUUUAUAAAAACCCGUACGUGGAAGCGGAUCACGUCCCCACAGCACCCAUGUUUUUCAUCGCCUUUCUGUCUCCCCUGUUGCUCAUUGUCCUGGCACGGGUGUUCAUGAAUGCCAGCCGAGAAGACACGUGGGAAGCCUGCCUUGCCGCCAGCCUUGCUCUCGCCCUGAACGGAGUUUUCACAAAUGCCCUGAAGCUCGUUGUGGGGAGGCCACGGCCGGACUUCUUCUAUCGGUGCUUCCCGGACGGACAAGCGAACGCGGAGCUGGUGUGCACGGGCGACCCGGCCAUAGUGACCGAGGGACGCAAAAGCUUCCCCAGCGGACACGCUUCCUUCGCCUUCGCUGGUCUCGCCUUCUCCGCCUUCUACAUCGCCGGGAAGCUGCGCUGCUUCGUGCCCGGCCGGGGAGGCAGAGCUCUGCGGCUCUUCCUCGCCACCCUCAUCGCCGUGUCCCGCACCUGCGACUACAAGCACCACUGGCAAGAUGUGUUGGUUGGCUCAGCGAUCGGCUUCGUGCUUGCCUACCUCUGCUACAGGCAGUACUACCCUCCUCUGAUGGACUCCAUGUGCCACAAACCGUUUCUGCACAAAUCCAAACAACUGCCAGCACACCAAGAAAAGCCUGUGGCUUCCAGCUUUCCCCUGGAUGUGUAG